GUGAAAAGGCGAGGCGCCACUGUGAGCCAAGCGCUGCAGCAGAGUGCACAAAAAAGCAACAGAGCGCAGCAUUCGUGCGCAUCUCCCACUCCACAAAACCCCAGACGAGGAGCGGCACGGCUAACGCAAGCAUCAACCUCGCCGCCUGCUGACCAGGCCAGCAAAACGCGAUGGCCUUCCGCCUCCUAGCAGCGCGCCGCGGCCUCUACGUGACCGGCGCCACGGCGGCCGCGGCGGCCUGCCGCUACCGCAUCGCGAGGCUGGAGGACGCGCCGAGUGAACCGCCGAAGCCGCCCGGCAUCUACCAAGAAGCUCAGUUCGACCCGACCAGUAUCGAGGAGGUGGCUGAAUUAGCAAGACAAAACCUCUCGAAAUCUGAUUUGCAGUACAAAUUGAAAGACGCCCAAGACAAACAGGCCGAGGAGCGCAAACGGCAGGCCGAGUACCAGGCCGCGUCGCGGCAAGCCCAAGCCCAAGCGCGCCAGGCGCAGCGCCAGGAGACGGAGGAGACGCGGAAACGCAAGCAGGAGGAGUUCCAGCGGCGCGAGGCCUUCAAGGCUAAGUUGAAGGAAAAAACGGACGAGGCCUGCGCGAGGUACGACGAGGAGUUGAAGGCGGGCGAAGAGGAGGACCGGAAGGCCCACGAGUUAAGGGUAGAGAAGGAGCGGCGAAAAACGGCGGAACUCGAGCAGGAGCUCAAACGGACCACGGACGCCGUAUAUGUAAAAGCGAGUGCCGAGGCGACAGCUAGAGCGGAAAGCCAGAACCAGGAUUUGAGGCUGGAACAAAUUAAAGAGAAGGCGAAGGUGGCUCGCGAUACGACUUUGGAGGCCGUGAAGGCGACUUUGACGAAUCUCGGUGCUGCGAAAGAUGCGUUGUUGAAUGAUAGCGAUAGAGCCGUGGCUGUUGUUGGAGUGUUAACAGCUACGGCGGCCGGGGUGUAUUUUUCUCGGAAAUUCGCGGCGGUGGUCGGUGAUUAUGUGGACGCGCGACUGCGGAAGCCCGCCUUGGUGCGAGAAACGUCUCGCGGGUUCGCUGUCGCCUCUUCUGCUGUCGGGAGUGGUACUGUUGGUUCUGUAGUGUCUCGUCUAGGCUCCUUGACAAAGCCAAAAGCUGUGGACCCCGAACUGCUCAUGAAGGGCGCGGUCUUUGAGAGUAAGCUCGAGCGAUCGUUGCUGCGCAUCGCGGCGCAGGCGAACGGUGCGAGAGCAGCAAAAACGCCGUUCCGACAUUGCUUAUUUGUCGGGCCGCCGGGCACGGGCAAAACAUUAUUUGCGAAACGUCUAGCCGCACACGCGAGGAUGGACUACGCCGUCAUGAGUGGCGGCGACGUCGCGCCGCUCGGCCGAGACGCCGUGACGGACAUGCACAAGAUGUUCGACUGGGCGCAGCGCUCUCCGAACGGUCUACUACUGUUGAUCGACGAGGCCGACGCGUUUGUAAGGAAGAGAGGUAAGGACAUGUCCGAGGACUCGCGGAACGCGCUGAACGCGUUUCUGUUCCGGACGGGGACGCCGUCUACCGACGUCAUGGUCGUCUUCGCUUCCAACCUACCGGAGCUGUUCGACAGUGCCGUGCACGAUCGAGUGGAUGAGAUCGUGCAGUUUCCCUUGCCUGCCCUCGAGGAGCGUCGGAAGAUCCUCCAGGAGUACGUCAGGGAGAUGCUCGAGCCCUUGCCUCGGACGAGCUUUUUUCAACCGGCGCCGCGGCCCAUCACGCUCGAUGACGGUGUUACUGAUGACAUGAUUGUGAAAGCGGCAGAUAAAUGCGAGGGGUUUUCGGCCAGAGAGCUGUCGAAGCUGGCGCUGGCGUGGCGCGCGGCGGCCUUCGCGACCGAAGAGAGAGUAUUGACUCCAUCCUUGGUCGAGGAGACGCUGAACCUGCAGCUCGGCCAGCACGCCGUCCGCGUGUCGUGGCUGGAAAGGUCGAUCAAGCGGAAGCGCGAGCGCGACGAGGCGCUGCGGGCGAACGCGCCGCGGCGGCCGGCGAAGGCGUGA